AAAGGCGGGAGAGAGGGAGGGCUGUUUUUUGAGUGAGCGAGUUUGUGUGUGUGUGUCCCUGAGAAAUAGAGAGAGAGGGUGGAGAGUACUGAGCUGAGAGAAAUCUGUCAGAUUCAAACACACUGUCUGUGUGUGUGUAUGUGUGUGUGUGUGUCUGUGGUAGAAAGAGAGCGAAGGAUGUAAAGAGAGGUGGAGAGCUGAGGAACACACAGAAAGAGACCGAAGAGGACCACAAAGUGAGACCAGCUCACCUAUGGAUCACCGUUCACAUCGGAAACCCAGGGGAUUCCAUGGACGCAUCGACCUGACUCACAUCCCCGCCAAGAGCAGCCAAUCGACACUGAUGCCGAUGCACUGCACUCAGCUGUAGAGCAGUGAGGCCAAGGGGUCAAGGGUGAAAGGUCACAGGCUACUGAUCAAGAGUAGAAGCUGAGGUUACAAGGUUUCAGAAAGGGGGAAGGACUGCGAGGCUCCGAGAAGCUAUCGGGAAGGAGCGUCUCAGUGACAGACGAGGGCCAGGGGAUCGAAGAUGAUGACUUCACACGGAAAGCUGAGGCGGGAGAAGGGGAGCCUGGCUGAGUAUGAAUCGCAGAUGAAAGACCUGCGGGCCCAGCUGACAGACCAGAUAAAGAUUUUAGACUCUCAGGUGGAGGUGAAACAGCAGCAGCUCUCAGACCUGUCUGAGUUUCUCCGCCGUCGGGGUGACAUCGAGUCUGAAUAUGCACGAGCCCUUGACAAACUCACAGAGAGGUUUACUCAUAAAACAAAAAAGAAGGAGCAGUGGGGUCAGUCUGUGUGUCAGGUCUGGUCUGUUCUGCUGACUCAGACCCGUCUGGAGAGCCGGGAACAUGCAGCACUGGGUGACACCUGCUGCAACACGCUCACACAAAGGCUGGCACAUGGUACAGAGGACACACAUCGCCUGCACAAACGGAGCAAAGAAGUUGGAAUCCAGAUGCAAGAUGAGCUGCUGAAGGUUACCACUGAACUGCAGACGGCUCUGAAGACGUAUAACCAGUACCACACCGACUGCCUGAUAGCUGAGGGGAAACUGAAGGAAGCCGAGCGGUUGGAGGAGAGACACACCGGCAAGUCAGCUGAACUGGGCCCCGGACAGCUGGGAGGGCAGAGGCGAAGCUCUGUUAAGAAGAUGGAAAGACUGAUGGAGAAGAGGCAUGGCAGAGUGCAGGAGACCCAGCUGAAGUGUACCAAGGCUCGUAAUGACUACCUGCUGAAUCUAGCAGGAGCAAAUGCUGCCAUGAACAAGUACUACCUGCAGGAUGUCAGCACCCUCAUCGACUGCUGUGACCUUGGUUUCCAUCUGUCUGUGGAGAGAGUGAUGAAAUGCUACCUGGCCAGCAGGUGGCGCAUCCAAAAGACCGAGGAGACGGGGCUUAAGCAGUUGGAGACUGCGGUGACAUCGCUGGACCAGAGUGGAGACAGAGAUGCAUUGCUGCAGCAACAUGACGCCGCCUUCUGCCUUCCGUUCAGAUUCAACUACCACCCACAUGAAGGAGACCAGGUGUGCGAGGUCAGUGCGGAGAGCCAGGUGAGGUACGAGUUGGAGACCAGGUUCCAGCAACUUCAGUCUCGACUUGCUGCCGUUACCUUGGAAACAGAGGAGAUCAGUAAAACGCUUAAAGCCACACUCGCAGCCCUUCUGGACACUAUGUGCGACAGUGACUGUAACCCCUCCCCCGAUGUGCCCAGCAACCUAUCACACGAGCCGCCCGGUGGAGGCACCCUUCCGAAACUUACCCUUGCCAAGCGUCGAGCCAAUCAACAGGAGACAGAGACCUACUACUUCACAAAAGUGAAAGAGUUCCUUACCAGCAGCUCUCUGGCCUCCAAACUUCAAGCCAAACAUGAUAUCCUACAAGAUGCCAUACAGAAAGCUGAGGCCGUUGACAGCGACCCUUCCAGAAUGCAAUGUGCUCGGUCAGUGCGCGUUCGGAAGUCCAGACCUGUUUCCCAAUUCUGCCACACACUCUUCAAUACAGACAUACUGUCCUACAUAGAGAGCUCUGGACAGCAGAUUCCUGUGGUGGUUGAAAGCUGCAUUCGCUUCAUAAACCUUCAUGGCCUCCACCAUGAAGGAAUUUUCAGAGUUCCAGGCUCACAGAGGGAGGUGAACCUCCUCAGAGAUGCAUUUGAAAGAGGAGAGGAUCCUCUGUCAGAUAGUGAGUGUGACCUGGACUCUGUGGCCGGUGUGCUGAAGCUGUACUUCAGAGGCCUCGAGCCUCCUCUCUUCCCCUACGACAGCUACACUCAGCUGCUGGAGUGUGUCCAAAUUGAGGAGGAGGUGGAGAAAGCCGUCCAGAUUAAAACGAUUGUCUCGACCUUCCCGAGGCCUCUCCUCAUCGUGAUGCGUUACCUUUUUGCUUUCCUCAACCAUGUGUCUCAGUACAGCGACGAGAACAUGAUGCAGCCCUACAACCUGGCUGUUUGCUUCGGUCCAAGCCUGCUGAGGGGGAUGGAUUCUGAUGACGCUGUUGCUAGGCAGCCACAGGUUAACGACCUUGUCAAGACCAUGAUCCUUCAGCAUGACAGCAUCUUCCCCAGCCAAUCGGAGCUGCCGGGCCCUGUUUACGAGAAGCACAUGACUCUGGAGCAGGAGUACUGUGAACCAAUCACAGAAGAGGGAGAUGGGGAGACUGAGCAUCUGCCCAGUGAGGAUGAAUGGGAGGCGGUGGCUAUGUUUGACUACGUGGCAAGAUCCCCAGCGGAGCUUUCCUUCAAGCAGGGAGAGCCUCUCAUCCUUCACAGCAAGGCCUCUUCUGAUUGGUGGCGAGGAGAGGUGGGAGGGGUUAAGGGCCUCAUCCCUCACAAGUACAUCAGUGUGCUGGAAGGGUCAGAUCGAGGGAAAAGAGAAGAAGGAGGGGGAGGUGGAGGAGGAGGCAGCACUGGAAACCUGACAGCAGAAGAUCCACAGACAGAGAACACAACCCGGAUGCGGGUGAACAGCGAUAGCGCUUCGUUGCCAGGACGGCAGAGAGGAAGUGAGGGGAGCCCUAGUCGAAAGCCACCAACCUCCCCUGCCACACGACACCUGCCAGUGUCUCAGGAGCGAAGGCACACGUUGGACACUCUGAGGCAGGGAAACUUCAGACCCCCUGACAGACCUCCAUUCAUUCAGGCAGAAAGAACACCAAUUGAUAAGGAGAUGAUCAACCGUCAGAUGAACUCUGUGUUCAAGGAGCUCCUGUCUCGCCAGCCUCCCUUGCAGGGGUCUGGCAUCACUGCACCUGUGGCCACUGCAGCCCCUGCGCCCUCCUCUUCCUCCUCCUCCUCUUCAUUGUCCACCUCCUCCUCUGUUCCUCAGGCUGCCCCUGUGGCCAAAAAAGCAGGAUUCGGUCUCAGGGGACGGGCCCUUUUCAGACCGGUGGACUGAGACUGAGGAGGGGACAACCAGGAAAUUAUUGAUUCAUUGUCUGACAAUGAUAAUUAUCCCGCUGAUGCCAAUUGUGCAUUUGGGAAAGAUCUUGAUUUUUUUUUCUUGUUUUUUCCUAUUUUUUUUGGACACGUGUAUAAUAAGUGAGUCUCUGCCAUCUCAUAGUGCCACUAUUCUCUGUGCCGUGUAUGUCCAGUGUGUCUGGUUUUGGUCUCUUUUUUUGCUUUGUUGUUGUUUUUUUUAUGGCCUGGUCUGCUUUUGUUCUCCAUGCUUUUGGGAUUUUUGGAGAAUCAGGGAUGUGACUUCACCAGACUGACUAUUUAAACGCAGUUGCCAUGAUACUAACUGUACAUCAACAACAGAUGACUAAAACUGCCCCCUAGUGGCAGGUCUGAGAUCAGUUCACCCAAAAACCUUUUUCCUUAUUUAAAAGAGAAAAGAAAACUGAUCUGGGGCCUGUGUCUAGGAGUGCCUUCACAUCUUUUACUCUAUAUGUUUAAUUCACUUGAAAAGAUCUGAUAAUUUUCAAUUCUGCAUAUUAUAAUAAAAAUGUGACCCAGGCAGAUGUGUAUGGAACCCAAAGUGUUCAGUAUUAGCAGCAAAACAUUGUGGCAUGAUAAAAAGAAAGUGCUCCCUGUUUCAAUUCUAAAGGUUUGACGCAUCACAUAAUAAAAAUAAUCUUUAGCAGAUCUUGAAAUUAAGUAAAUAUAACCUCAGAUGAAAUACAAAAUACAACACAUUUUAUUGAGGUAUUGAAGUGUGUGAAGAACUAAGUACUCCUUUACUGCUUUCAUAUGAAGUAACAGAAAUAGUGUCCAGGUGCUGCUAUUCAAAUCCACCUGAUUAACUGAAUCAACAAGCAAGUGUGACCAUGUAUCAUCUGCAAUGAUCUUGGGAGGCAUCUGUUGCUGUCCAUCAGUGUAGAAAGGUUUUUUUUUACACUUUCUAAACGGUCUAAAGUCCAUCAUUCUAUAGUGGAAAGGAAUAUUUACAAGUGAUAAAUAUUUAGGAAUGUUGCCAAUUUUCUCAGGAGUGAAUGUCCCGGGAAAUUUAUCCCGAAGUGAUAUGAGCUACAACUGAGUGAACAGGCCUCAUUUAGAAAGUUUAAGUUAUUAGCAGUAUACCUAGAAAAACGCUGAUCCAAUAUGGUUUGUAUGGAACAGGAAAUGGCAGAUUUUAAACAUGAUUGAUUAUAUGACAGUAGCUAACUAUUUCACCAGUUAAUGAAAGUUUACUGUCCAACCCAUUUGUUUUUUCCAGCUGACUCUUUUUGGAGAACAACAUGCUAGGCACAUCAUAUUUGUUGCUUUAUAUAAAACAUGUUUAUUGGAGUUACAGCAGUAGCUAAUUUAGAAUUGGUUUGGUUUGGUUAGCAGCUAACCCUGCUAGCUCAACAGCUAGCAAGGUUAGCUGUUAGCUGCUUUAGGACGGUAGCAUACUGCUAAAAAAAAAGCUAGUGAAAAACACCUCUGUCAUUAAAUAGUGUGUUAUUGGAGAAAAAAAAAAUAAAACAAAAAGAUUUUUUUUAAAUAUUUUGUGAAUAUUUUUUUGAAAAAUUCCUUUCAAGCUAAAAAAAAUGAUCAAGCAACUUUUUAUAAUGAUUAUCUCCUAAAUCAUCUCACAAAUUACAACUUAACAUUUACAUUUAUUAUUUUGUUGAUUGUUUAUUUCAUAUUAAUUUAUUGAAAACUGAACACUUUGAGACUCCGUGUGUGUUAGCUAGAUACGCUGUUAGCACUGAGGUUGGUAUACUUGGUCUUUGCAUAACAGCAUGUUGUGUUGAAAAAAAACAGAGAAGAAAAACACAUUCCCCUUCAUAUGUGACGUGGCCUGAUAUGUUGGCCAAAUCUCAGGGCUUAUGCAGAGUUAAGGACAGGCUAACUCAGGUUUGGCUUAGAAGGAAUAAGAAAGGGUUUUCUCUCAGGUCUUAGGUCGACUUACUCUUCAGCUGGAAACUGUGCCCUUGUCUCGAGAGGCAAAACGGCCCCUAUAUCAGAGAAGUGUCCGACUCUUUCUCUGAUUUAAACUGUGAACACCAUGGCGCCAUUUUGGUGCCACGAUUGAAACCUUUGUCUCAUUCAUCCACACUUUGGGCCCCCCUUGCUGUGUUUAUGGCACCAUCAUAGGCACUAUAAAACAUGGACGUAGCUACCGUGAUGUCACCUGUUGAUGUCUGAGGUCCCGUUUUGAAGCCACAAGAUGAACAUUUCUGUUGCCGCCAUCUUGGUUGCAAGACACUGGAUCCAAUGAGGACAAGCAGCAGUGAAACUGCUUGCUCAAUGGUCGAUAUCUUGUGACUGACAAGUCGUUAGACAGUGCAUGAGCAGAAAAUGCCACUGCUAAUCUUCCUUUUUGAGACAUGAUAUAACCAAGAUUUUACUUUUUAUUAUUAUUGUAUAUGACCCAAAACAAGUGACUAAAGUAAAGUUUUACCCAAAGACCCCUACAGUCUUUUUCAACAACAGCUAUUGCCAUCUGGUGGCCUUCAGAGAGAAUGCAGGUUUUUAGGCACUUCUGCAUUGGCUUUAUUUUCCUUUACCAGGAAGCAUGUUUUUUUCCCCACAGGUCCCAUUCAAACGUGUUUCAGGAUUCCUGCAGCGAGGUGAACAGCUCCUUUGACUCUAAAAGCAUUUUAAAAUCUUACAUACAUCAUCUCACAUUUUUUGUGUUUCAGUAUUGGAAAAAUGAAAGAAGAGUUGUUUUGUUUUCACCUUCUUUUAUUGAUUAUGCAUCUAUGGUUAAAACACCCUGUUGUUCUGGAUCACUGUUCGAUGAUGUCACUAAGUUUACUGCGUCCAACUGUAUAUGUGGUUAAAAAAAUGAAUAAAGAUGACAAAGUGAUGAAUGGUUAA